CGAAACCGCACCCCCUAUCGCACUCCACCGCGUCCGUCGCAGUGAGAGUCGACAUGGCGCACGUGGCCAAACCCGCGCUCUCGCCCGUGGACACGAGCUCCCCGGGGGAUCAGGCGAACUACGAGGCGUCCUCCCCCACGGCCACCUCGAACGCGGGCUCGGCGUGGCAAGACGCGGCGAUCUCGCGCACGCCUCCGCCCGCCGCGCGCGAGGCGAGACGAUCCAUGUCGUUCGCCGAGCGGAGCAAAGCGAACGCGACGACGGAAGCGCCGACGGAAGCGCCGCGACCCGGCGGCGCGGAGCCGAUGCCGAACGAGGGCAACCAGGUCGCGAACGUCCGCGCGAGCAACGCGCGAUCGUCGUUCGCGACGAACAAGUCGCAGUCCUUCGGCGGAAAGCUCAAGUCCGCGACGGGCGGCGCCGCCGCGGCGGCGCGACAGAUGCAGGAACGCCGCAAGAAGCAGCAGCGCAAAGUCCAGGGCGGGAAGCUCCUCCUGAUGCAGCUUCAGGAGGAAGCGGGCGCGAAGGAGCCCGCGGUGAUGCCCGCGGUGCUCAGAGCGCCGCCGCCAGACCCGCGGUACACGCAACCCACCUUCAUGAGCGUGCUGAAGAGCAAGAUGUUCGGACAGCCCGCGGUGGACCCGGUGAACGGCCGCGUGGAGCAGGGCGACCCGCACAAGAUCAAAAAGUCCGCGGGGUACAAGUUCCGCGCCGCGAAGCGACGGGCGUGGCAGAAGAACACCGGGACGAGCAAGCGCGACGACGAGGACUUCAACACGCUGUGGGGCAGGGUGCAGCGUCAGGAGGCGCUCCUCAACUUGAUCCAAAAGGACGGCAAGGCGCGUCCAUGCUCACACUGGUCCCCAUACGACCGCGUCCGCGUGGUGAACGCCGCGUACGCCAAAGCGAUCGACGCGAUGCACGCCGCGGCGAGGACGAUGGCGGGGCACAUCGCGGAGCUCACGGAGAUGGACCCGGACGAGCCGUUGCCGGACCCCGGGCCGAUAUCUCCCGGGGGCACGGGGCCGGUGAGCCGAGAGGCGGUGGUCGAUCGCGCCGCGCGUCUGACGGAGGUGAUGGACGCGCUCGAAAACGACGUCAAACCGCUGUGCCUCGAGCAGCUCGACAGCGCGGUCGUCGCGCCGGUGUCGCAGCUCGUGGACGACUUCCCGGCGUACGCGCCGUGCGUUGAUAAGCGUCGGGCGUACAUGCUCGACGUGGACGCGUACGAGAGAAAGUUGGACAAGGCGCGGACGAAGAGCAAAGACCCGGGGAUGGCGCCGCAUCGAGAGGAGCAGUACGCGAGGGCGCAGAGACGAUUCGCGCACUUCAGCGAUAAGCUCGUGGAGGACUUGACGCUGUUGGACGCGAACCGGUUCGAGCUCGCGGCGUUCUUGUUGGAGGGUUUCAUCGAGACGCAGGAUUUCAUGAUGCAGCGGACGCGGGACGUGCACUCCGUGAUCGUGAAGAAGUCCGCCGACUGACGAGCCGAACGACGACGGAUGAUUCCGCCGCGGGCUGGCGGGGGAGCCGCCGCCCGUCGCCGCGGGAUCGAUCCAUCCGGGGGGGACGCGACGUGAACGUAUCACUUUGUAUUUAACUCGACCGACUCUAUACAUCG